UUGCUCAAGAUGUCGGAACUAACGGAGGAGCAGAUUGCCGAGUUCAAGGAUGCCUUCGUGCAGUUCGACAAGGAGGGAACCGGCAAGAUAGCCACCCGUGAGCUGGGCACUUUGAUGCGCACCCUGGGCCAGAAUCCCACGGAGGCCGAGUUGCAGGACUUGAUUGCCGAGGCCGACAACAACAGCAAUGGCCAACUGGACUUCAGUGAGUUCUGUGGCAUUAUGGCCAAGCAGAUGCGCGAAACGGAUACUGAGGAGGAAAUGCGUGAGGCAUUCAAGAUUUUUGAUCGCGAUGGCGAUGGCUUUAUAUCGCCAGCUGAGCUGCGCUUUGUGAUGAUAAAUCUGGGCGAAAAGGUCACCGACGAGGAGAUCGACGAGAUGAUUCGCGAGGCGGAUUUUGAUGGAGACGGGAUGAUCAACUACGAGGAGUUCGUUUGGAUGAUAAGCCAGAAGUAGUACAGCUAGCUACUAUUCAAACUGAAAUAAAAUAUUUGGGGUCACUGCA